AUGCUGUUCACAAGGAGAAAAACGUCUACAACAACAACAGUAGAAGGCACACCGGGAAAAUAUGUAAAACGCGAAAGCCCUCCGACCGUUCCGUCACUUGCAGGUAUGUCAGAAACCCCCCUUGAAAAUAUUGAACCUUUAACGUUCCAGCAACCGCCGUCAGCCGAACCCGUCGCAGUCCACUUGCUGCAUCUUCCCUGCUCCUCGAAUCGGUACCUCCACCACCUUCAACCACUCCACCGCCUGAAAUCGAAAUGUUCCAUGCGGAGAAUCCGAGUGUUGAGGAAGUGGAAAUCGAGGAGUAUGAGCACACGGAAGACUCUUUCGACAUACACGAUCUGAAAGAAUUGGAUUUCGAUAGGCUCCACUCUAGAUCUACGGCGAGGUAUGCAUUCUUUCGUUUCACUUUUUCCAAAAAUCAGUAGCUUACCACGCGAAUUCAUAUUGACCAAGACGUCAGCCUCCAUUCGUGCAAAAAUGUAACAUUUCGAACAAAAACGAAGUUAAGAAAAUAUCAUCGUUCGUUUUUGAGUUGAGGUUCCCAGAGCAGAAAAAAGCUACCGGGACAGAUGUGAUUCAAUCAAAGUCCAAUGACGUUUUUGUUUGUAAACGUAGACGGUGAAUCAGAAGCUGAGUCAAAAUUCAAUUCGAAAUCCAAUACCAUAUAUAAGGGAAAGAUCUGAAACAACAAAAUGCACAAUUCUUAUUGCUUUCUGUCAGCUUUUAGGGUGCUGAAAGUUUAUCUCUACUGAUAGUAAAAAAUACGAUGAUAAUUUCGGGUGUUAAUGCGAGUUAUCUAUCUAAUUUUUUGGAGAUUUUGCUAUCCGACGCUACCGUAGUGAUAACGAGCAAGCAAGCGGUCUUCGGAGAUUUCACUGCUUAAUUACAGCGAGAACGAUGUAUAUACGGAAACGGCAGAAGAGCCCUCGCCCUCGACUUCCUUCGGUGCCCGAAACAACAACGUUCUCUCCUCCCGCAGCUUCAACAGGUGAGUAGAGUAGCGGUUUGAAAUUCAACACAGGAAUUGAACUGGAAAGAGAUGUUUUAAAAAGUGCAAAUUUAUGCCGCUUCGUGUACAUGAGAGUUUACUUUCCGUAUUUGUACCGUUGAUGAAAGAUGAACCGAUGUUACUUUGAAGAAAAUACGACGGAGGACGACUAUCUCGACUAUACUUUAGAUUGCCGUAUUGUGCCGUUUAAUCGGUUUUCGAUGAAAAGACGGUGACAGCUAAUGGUAUUUAUUAUAAUGCGACCGUUUUUCAGAGGAGGCUUGCGAUACACGCCGCGAAAGUCGCUUACUGCUUCCCAUUCAAUCGGAAACGUGGAACAGGGAAUGAGAGAAUUGAGUGUCGGGUGAGUACAUCUUCAGCAGCUGAAUGCUUUGCUGACAAUUGACAAUUGAUGUUUUCAGAGAAAGAGGAUUGGUGUCACCUCAACCGCCACGCUUCCAAUCUCUGCAAACUCUGCCAAGCGAACGCUUGAUGACGAUUCAACAAUACCGAUCUUCAUGCGGUAAGUUAUCGCGCCGACGUCACUUGCGAUAAAUCUCUACCAUUUAGCGAAUUCAGAUGAUUCAAACGAACUUCCGCUUCCGGAAAACUGGGCGAUCGAAUUCACCACUGAGAAUCAGCGGUACUAUGUGGAUCACUCAAACCGGAGGACUCAUUGGGUUCACCCAUUGGUGCACGAAAGUCUCAAACCAGGAUGGAAAAAGAUAUUUGACCCGCAGAAGGGAGUGUUCUAUUACAAGUGAGUAAAAGUUGUUUUGUGAUCAUCAAGAAAUGGUUUGUGUUGUAGCGAAGAGAUGAAGAGGACCCAGUAUGAUCAUCCGGGAAUCUCGAACCCCAUCUUCCGUACCGAAUCGGUCAACGUUGCAAGCCGUUCAACCGUGGAUUUGAAUGCGAAUUUGCACAUAAUCGAGGAAAAAGAGCUUCCACCUUGGCUCUUGAUGUACGCUCAGUCGAAUUCCUCGCUGGACCACUUGCUCGAGGUAUUUUGAGUGAACAGCUAAACGAAAAAUCACAUUCGUUCUAUUUUCAGUGGGAUCUCUUCAAUUACGAACAGCUGACGGAGUACGAACACUUGAUGAUGAAGCUUUAUAAACAAGAAGUGUUCGAUAUUGUGAAGAAGUGAGUGUAACGGCCCUCGUGACCCGAUCAAUUGUUUUUUUUGCAGAUAUGAGAAGAAACGCAACAUCUUGAACAGGGAAAUCCAUCGAAGAGACAUUUCAAGACCGCCACCGCCCCGGAUUCGCGAACAGGAAUAA